GAAGCGCGAUUGAAAGAUCCGCUCGUGAAUCUUUUUUCCUGUGAUACAUCGUACCAGCGCAUCGGAUUGCAGGAUGACGCGAUCGUUAAAUCAUCUUUUGUGUCGCACACAUCGGGAAUUACGCAACGACGACGCCCUCGGCGCAUAAUGCAUACAUAGAACAUACAUACAUACGUCGCGCGAUGCAUCACGACGUAUCUUUUUACCACCCAGUACGUGGGUCGCGUUCGUGUCGGCUCGACGUGACUCGGGCGCGUUCGUGCAACAUCGACGGCAAAUCAGAUACAAUCGAUAGCGUGGAAAUCGCGGACGAAGAGAGGCUGCCUCCGCUGCCUCACUUCACUCGCGUCCAGCUGUCAUUCGUGUCCUCUGUACGUCGUGUCACGUUCCUCGCGUGCCGUGUCCGCGUAAAGGAAGCCCACGACGAUUGAUCGAUUCCCUCCGCGCGUACGCUGGCUGCGACAUCGAUGAAUAAGAUGCGCCUCGAAAAUGUUGCAAGAGGGAGAUGAAGCCCUGUACGAGAUCGCGUCCGAUCCGAAAGGAGAAGAGAUCCAAAAACUUAGUGUUAUACAAAAUCUACCAAGUCUUUUAGCUACCGACAUACAAUCAUGUAUGUCUCGAGUGGUACCUAAGAUGCAGCAGUCUCUGGCUACUGCAUCAACCGAGUUUCACAUAGCAGCAUCAUCUACAUUUAAAACAAUUUUAGAGCAAAAGCUUGUCAGCCAUAAUGUUUUCAGUCAGACAUUCCUUCAAAGUAUAUUAAAUUCUCUGGAGAGUCGUGAUCCAGUUAUCUGUCACGCAUGGUUGGAGACCUUACUGGAUGUGAUAGAGUUACUGCCGGUAGAAGUUGUAAGAGCACAGAUUCUUCCAUUGACUAUAAGUAAAGGACAAUUGUCACAACCUAUCUAUUCCAGGAUAACAUGUAGCAGAUUAUUAGGAAAGAUUUGUACACGAUUUGAUUCUGCUAUGAUACAAAAGGAAGUUCUACCAACGGUACACUCUCUCUGUCAGGAUGUAAAUAGUGAUGUGCGUGCUAAUAUUUGUUUGCAAUUACGUUUUGUUGCGGAGGGUCUUGGUGCUGAGUCUGUGAAACCUGCUUUACUACCAUCUCUAGUAGAAUUAGCAAGUGAUGAAGAAAGCAAUGUAAGAUAUGCCUCUGUACAGACAAUAGUGUAUUUACUACCUCAUCUUCAGGAAGAUACAAUAAAAAAUAUAAUAGCACCGCUUGUUAAAAAACUAUGUGAAAAUGCAGCUAAAUCAGAAGACAAUGUGAUAUGUAUAAUAGCUCAAGAAUUGGGAAAACUUGUACUUGGCCUAGAAAAAUGCUUAUCAACAUCAGAAAAAACAUGGUUCUUGAAAUAUUUUCAACAACUUGCACAGAUGGGAAUACCAUCAUUGAAAAAAGAAAAGCCGCAGUUUACAUUUAUUAGCAGCAAUCCUACACAAGAUGAAAGAUAUGUUGAAUGCAGAAGACAUUGUGCAUUUAAUUUGCCUGCAAUGUUUAUUUUUGUAUCAAGCUCUCCAGAUGAUGUAAAUGCAUUACUUACGACAUUUGAUGCACUGGCAAGUGAUCAUUAUUAUAUGGUCCGGAGAACUGUUGCGUGCGGAAUUCACGAAGUGACGAAGGUUUUAGGAUCAAAAAGUGCACGGAUCAGAGGAAAUUUAAUAAAAUUACUGAAAGAUGACUCAGAGGAAGUACUUCAAGGUUUAAUUCCUCAUAUAGGAAUAACAUUGGAAUGUUUAGCUGAAAAUCAAACUAUUGGAACAGAUAGAGUGGAUUCUACUCUGAUGGAAAUAGGUAAAGCCUUGUUAAAGUGUGAGGCCAAAGUUGCGGGUACAUAUAAUUGGAGAAUGGCGUCAUUGAUGCAUGCGCAGCUAGAGAUUUUACCUAAAUGUUUUCCGAGUGAUUUUAUAUACUCAUAUUUUGUGCCAAUGGCUUUCUCCAGAAUUUUGCAUGCACGACCGAUACCGGUACGUCUUGCUGCAGGAAUACUUUUUCUUGUUCUUUUACGAUAUAACAUGAAACCUAUACAAAAAGCGGAACUACGUAAUAGAAUCUUUACGGAUUUAGCUAACAAUCCUGAUUGUUAUGUCAGAAUGAUGUUUGUCCGUAUGAUGAUCGAGGCGCUGGAAAUCUUUUCUUCCGUUUAUUUUAAAGAACAUUUUUUCAAUGUAUUAUUGAAUCUGGCCGAAGAUCCAGUAGCUAAUAUAAGAAUGAAAGUAGUAUCAUUACUACCCCAACUAAAGAGUCAACUGUGGAUACCAACUGAUAAGAAAUUACUGACAUCAUUAGAAUCGGUUGUGAGGCACUUGGUUAAUAAUGAAAAGGAUAAAGAUGUAUUAUUUAUCUUAAAAAAUAUUACACAGAAAUUAGAUGAAAUGGAUGUCAAAUAUGAAGGCCAGAGUUUAACAACAAAGCUUACCAAACAAGACAUAGAAGAUGCCAAAAAGUUGGAAGAAGAAAAAAAGUUAUCCGGUAUAGGUGUAGGAAAGUCAGCGACUGGAACUAUAGUAAAAAAAGGUUGGACAAGAACAGGAAGUGAUAGUUCUACAAGAGGAUUGCAAUCAAAAGGUGAGCGUCCAGUGAUGAAUAAUGAAGCAUCAUACGAAACAAAGUUGUUAUUAAUGAAAUAUGGAGCUGCACCAUCGCGUCAAACUGUCGAAAACUUAAAAACAAGAAUUCUACUAACACAUCCUUGGGAAAGAGUAGGAUAUUUCAAUUCGCAUACUAACACGUCACAUCUUAAUUUUGAGAACGGAUCGUCUAAUGAUUAUAUCACGCAAAAGCUACAAUGUAACUGCUCCAAGUUGGCUGUAUUCCAGGCUCUCUUGCAAUUGCCGGAUACGUGUGAGCAAGAAUAUAAGAGUAGCGAUACUUUUCAAUGCGGUUCGUAUUAUGAUACUGACAACGAUCGCGCAAAAUUUCGAAAACAAUCGAUCCAAGCGAGCGAAUAUAACAACUCUUCCGCCCUUGCUUCGUCAAAGCCUUUUUUUUUAUCACUUGUAAGAGAAGAUAAUAAGCAAGAAUCGCAACAGCAUUCCUUACUAACAGGACGGGAUUACUCGCAUGAAUUUCCUACUAACAUCGGUGACAAGGAUAGAGCGCCGAACUUUGCCGGUCUGCGAGCACUGACGGACGCAGCUCACUAUAAUUCCUGUUGGGCUUUUAGCUCCAUGCCGGAAAUACCCGUGAUGCAGUCCGACGAUGAAUUCUUAGUGGAUGCGGGAAUCAGGAUACCCGCGCAAUUCUCCGCUUCGCCGAGCGCAUCUAAAAUUCCGCAUUUGCAAGAUUUUAUCGCCACGAGGAGACGACCAAAUAACAGCACGAUUCGAUCUAGACGAAACAGCGUAAAUUUCGAUAAGCCCAAGUUCAAGAGACAUUCCUCUGUUGAAUACGAAGAUUGCAUGAAACGUAGGACGAGUGAGAAUGAUGACCCGUCAAUGAGAAGCACACCAACUUCGAUAGAUUACGAAGAAGGUUUGCGGCAGCGUAAUAUGUUGAAGGAAAAUCUGAGCGACCAGCAGUCAUCUAAGACUAAAAGAUAUUCCGCGCCGUACGGAAGAACUAGGUUUGGAUGGGAUGCUAGCCAAGAGAGAUCUCUGGACGAAAAAUUUAAGAGAAAUUCUUUGAUACUCGAUAAGGAAAAAUUGAAAUUUGCUAGCUCCAAGUGCGUGCUAGAUCGCACGAAACGUCAUUCUACAAAUUUUAGCUUGAAGCUACCCGACUCUAAAGAAACGAAGCAAAACGUAAAACGUCACAGUCUAGAGGAUCACACAACGGUACGUCGAACUAUAAAAGGAUACUUUUCGACAUUGGAUGUGAACCAUAAUCAAGGUCUUAGCAAAAUCCCUUUGAGAAACAUCGAGUCUCGUAGCAGAACUGCGCCCGCUACCAGAGCGUCCAGCCCCGUACACAUGGAGUCGCGAUUGAGAUUCGAUGUCGAGAACUGUGAUGACAUUCGAAGUUCUAGCGACAGACAUUUAAAUAGAUUUAGCUCGAGUGAUGAGGAAGUCGACAAAUUAUGUAGGAUGCUACUACAUUCUCAAACAAAAAAUGUAAUAGCACAGAGUAGCGCAAGCGGAACACCAAGAGGAAGGUACCCUAUUCAUUUGUUAAUGAAGAAACUAUAAAAUGGUAUUAUUCUUUCUGUUAUGUAUCUCUUGCAUAAUUUCUAUAACUCUUCCAUGACUGCAUUUAGCAACCAUAUGUUGAUUUUCAUAUUCAGAUUUUCAAAUUCAUUUACAACGGGACUAAAUAUUGAUUGAUAAUACAUAACUACUUUGAAA